GUUUGUUAGAAAGAAAAUCUAUGAAUGUAAUGAAUGCAGGAAAACCUUCAGUCAGAGUUCAUCCCUUCUUAAGCACCAGAGGAUUCAUACUGGGGAGAAACCCUAUAAGUGUAAUGUGUGGGAAGCACUUCAUUGAACGCUCCUCCCUUACAGUACAUCAAAGAAUUCAUACUGGAGAGAAACCCUACAAAUGUAAUGAAUGUGGGAAAGCCUUCAGUCAGAGCAUGAACCUUACUGUUCAUCAAAGAACUCAUACUGGAGAGAAACCCUAUCAGUGUAAAGAAUGUGGAAAAGCCUUCCGUAAGAAUUCAUCCCUUAUUCAACAUGAAAGGAUUCAUACUGGAGAGAAACCCUACAGAUGUAAUGAAUGUGGGAAAGCUUUUACCCAAAGCAUGAAUCUUACAGUGCAUCAGAGAACUCAUACAGGAGAAAAACCCUAUGAAUGUAAUGAAUGUGGAAAAGCUUUCAGUCAAAGCAUGCAUCUUAUUGUACAUCAGAGAAGUCAUACUGGAGAAAAACCCUAUGAGUGUAGUGAAUGUGGUAAAGCCUUUAGCAAGAGCUCAACUCUUACCCUACAUCAGCGAAAUCACACUGGAGAAAAACCCUACAAAUGUAACAAAUGUGGGAAGUCUUUUAGCCAAAGUACAUAUCUUAUAGAACAUCAGAGACUUCAUUCUGGAGUAAAACCUUUUGAAUGUAAUCAAUGUGGAAAAGCUUUCAGUAAGAAUUCAUCUCUUACUCAGCAUCGGAGAAUUCAUACUGGGGAGAAACCCUACGAGUGUAUGGUAUGUGGGAAACAUUUCACUGGACGAUCAUCCCUUACUGUACAUCAGGUUAUUCACACUGGAGAGAAACCUUAUGAGUGCAAUGAAUGUGGAAAGGCCUUCAGCCAGAGCGCGUACCUUAUUGAGCAUCAAAGAAUUCAUACUGGUGAGAACCCUAUGAAUGUGAUCAGUGUGGAAAAGCCUUCAUUAAGAAUUCAUCCCUUAUAGUGCAUCAGAGAACUCAUACAGGAGAGAAACCCUAUCAGUGUAAUGAAUGUGGAAAAGCCUUCAGCCGGAGUACAAACCUCACACGACAUCAAAGAACUCACACAUGAGGAAAGUUUCGCUGGCCACUUCAUUGUGAUUAAUCCUUCACUAAUAAUCAGAAAGUCAUUUAAUGUAGAAACCUAAUAAAUGUAACAAUUGUGAGGAUCUUUUAGUUGAAGUACAGUAAGCCAUAUCAGAUAAUACAGACCACUGCAGAGAAACUAUAUAAAAGUGGAGAAAUCUUUAUUCAGAAGAUAAAACUUACUUUAUAUCAGAAGGUUUAGGUGGCUAAUGUUAUAAACAAUAGAGAUCCGUGCUGAAGAUAAGUUCUGAUAUAGCAUAAUGCAGAUUCUCCUUUGGACAGCAGAUACUUCACACUGGAGAGAAAGCAUGAGUGUUUAACUGGACAGACCUGGUAUAUAAAUCUAAUCUGCAACUAACUUGGACAAUACUUUCAUCACAUGAUAAUUUCCUUAUUGGGUAAAUUAGGGAUAUUUUAUUUAGAAGGUAUGCAGGAUGCCUAUUAGCUCUAAAAUGCUACAAACCUACAAACAUAAUGAAUGCUCGGAAAUCCUUGAUCUUUUACUAUGUUGUAUAUGUUGUCUAGAUGCUUCUGCUCGAGUCUGGUUUCCUUGGAGGUUUUGAGUCAAAAUUUUUUUACCUCUACCGACUCCUAUUACCUUUCCAUUCCCCUCCCCCUUCUACAUUUGUUUUCUCCCCUGAAAUACAGACUGGUUUCUAUCAGGUGAUAGAAUAAUUAUAUACAUCUUAAUGCAAUAGCAUGCUGUUUUGAGUUCUCAUUAAUAGUCAUUAAAGUGUUAUUAAAUGAGCUGAUUGUUUAGAAAACAGUAUAACUUAAAUAUAGUCUUUAAGUACAUAGGAACCAAAUACAUGUUGUUUUGUGUUCUGACUAUAGAAGUGGAGAAGAGAAGGAGGGGCUGAACACUAAUAGACAUGUAAAUUUGACAUAUAAACAAAAUCUUUGCAACUCAAAAAAUAUUCAGGACAAUCAGGGAAAUUUUAUAGAUCUAUAAUUAUGAUAGUUAAGAAAGUUUCCUUUAUUUCACAUACCAAGUCCUAAAUAUGUACUAGAUGUGAUUAGAAAAUCAAAAUGAAUAAGAUAUAUUCUUUGUUUUCUAAGGCUAAACUAAGAAAGUAGGUGUGAUAGGAGAGGAAAAGAAGACAUGAGGUAGAAUCUAGAAAACGUGGUAACAGACUAAUUGUGGCCACUUGAAUGAGAAGGAAGAGUCUAGGAUGACUUGAAUUUCUAAUUUGGUUGGUUAGGGGUGCCAUAAUUAAAAACACAUGAAGUUGACCAAUUUUGUGGGGCAAUGAUGACUUCAGUUUGGGGAUAUUUUCAUGAGUCUGUGGGACAGCCAUGUGAAGAGUCCCAAUAGGCAGUAGAAUAAGUAGAAGGUCAUUGGUAAAGGGGAGUACUGUCAUUGAUGGGGUAGAUGAAGGAAAGAGGAAUCAGGAGAAGCUGAGAAGAAUAAACAGCCAAAAGACAAAAGAAAAAUAGAAAGAAAAAUCAGAAGGUGGUGCCACAGAAGUAAAAGAAUUUUAACAUAGGGAUAAUAGUUAAUAUUGAUAAGAUACUAUGGAGGAUAAAGUAAAAUAAAGAUAGAAAUAUCUGUCCUUUG